GACCAUAGCGCAUUUCCGGUUUCAAGUACCCACUUCCUGUCCGUUCACCGGUUCCGGUCUCGUUCCUGACUUCCGGUCUCCUUUGGUUCCGCAGCGGCGGGUGUCUUCUGUGUCCGCUGCGGCUGGUUCCUACGUGCUCCAGGUGCUUUGUUCUGAAGGGAAGCUGCCACCGCAUAUGCUUGAAGAAUGGCCCUCCCUAUCAUUGUAAAAUGGGGUGGGCAGGAGUAUUCAGUGACAACGCUCUCUGAAGAUGACACUGUGCUAGAUCUCAAACAGUUUCUCAAGACCCUCACAGGAGUGCUGCCCGAGCGCCAGAAAUUGCUUGGACUCAAAGUUAAAGGCAGACCCGCCGAAAACGACGUUAAGCUUGGAACUCUCAAACUGAAACCAAAUACUAAAAUCAUGAUGAUGGGAACUCGUGAGGAGAGCUUGGAAGAUGUCUUGGGUCCUCCCCCUGACAAUGAUGAUGUUGUCAACGACUUUGAUAUCGAGGAUGAAGUGGUUGAAGUUGAAAAUAGGGAAGAAAACCUAUUGAAGAUUUCUCGCCGAGUGAAGGAGUAUAAAGUGGAAAUAUUAAACCCUCCCAGGGAAGGGAAAAAGCUUUUGGUGCUAGAUGUUGAUUAUACGUUAUUUGAUCAUAGGUCUUGUGCAGAGACUGGGGUAGAAUUAAUGAGACCAUAUCUUCAUGAAUUUCUAACAUCUGCAUAUGAAGAUUAUGACAUUGUUAUUUGGUCUGCAACAAAUAUGAAGUGGAUUGAAGCUAAAAUGAAAGAACUGGGAGUGAGCACAAAUGCAAAUUACAAGAUCACCUUCAUGCUGGACAGUGCUGCUAUGAUCACAGUGCAUACUCCACGGAGAGGGCUGAUAGAUGUAAAGCCUCUUGGUGUUAUAUGGGGAAAGUUUUCCGAGUUUUACAGCAAAAAAAACACCAUUAUGUUUGAUGACAUAGGAAGAAAUUUCCUCAUGAACCCACAAAACGGGCUGAAGAUAAGGCCAUUUAUGAAAGCACAUCUAAAUCGAGAGAAAGACAAAGAACUUUUAAAAUUAACUCAGUACCUCAAGGAAAUUGCAAAAUUAGAUGACUUUUUGGAGCUAAAUCACAAAUAUUGGGAAAGGUAUCUGUCAAAGAAGCAAGGGCAGUAGUGACAAGUGCAGUUUCUGAAGAGACUUGAGAUCCAUGGACUUCUGCUUUUUUUGCUAGACAUCACCAUGAUAGUGCUGGACACUAAAGCGGACGCCAGAGUGCUUAUCCUUGGUCUUCCAGUGCUUCGUCAAUUUAAUUCUGUAGUUUUUGAAGAUCACGACGAUACGUUUAAAAAAUUGUUCUAUGUUAAUAGACUUACUCUUGAAAAAAACCCGUUGCUUAUUGAGGUGUUUUCCAACCCCUCUGAAAAAAUGGAAAAAAUGAAAAUGAAAGGUGGAGAAAAAGGCACCCAGCAGUGCCAUCUUGUUACUCUGGAAACAAGUCUGUGUUCUGUUUGUCUCAUGUUACGUAUCAGCUGCCCAAGUCUAAAACCAAACCUAUCUUAAAGCUAGUGCUUUUCCCCUUAAAACCAAAACAAAACAGAAAAACCAAAACCAGCUUUUGAACAAAUAACUAGUUUGUUAUGGUUAAAGCCACCAAAAGUUUUUAUUCUUUAGCAUAGCCUUUCUCCUGUACUCUGCUAGGUGUGUCUCUAAACUCCGAGUCCUGUCUUGUGUCAGGGUUCUCUAAGGAUGGAGAACAUCUGUGUGACACAGCUGUGCUGUAGGAUGAGACAGAGACAAACGGACUGAAGCAUCAAACUAAAGGACAGGAGUGUCUCUUUUCGGUGGCUGAGUAGAAGCACUUCUGUCUAACAUCAUAGUCAUAAACGCAGCUCAAAGCAAUAGUAAAAAGGCUCAUGUCACCGAUUCAACCUAAGAAGCAUGAACAAAAUUUUUUGUUCUAUUCUAGCUGUAUCUUAUCUCUAAGUGCUAACACUUUCAGUGAAAAUAUGUAGCCAUAAGAUUAAAAAAUGCCUAUAAUUUCAAUGCAUAAGCCUGCAGAUAUGUAAUGUGACCACUGUUUUGUGUUGACAGUAUUGCUUUAUACAGUUCUUGUAUUUGAAAGGACUUGUUCCUUUUAAAUGAACAUGGUGUAUAUUGUUCUUACGGAACUAUUUCAGUGGUGUAAAUAAUAAAUAUCUUUUCUUAAUACAUGGGUUAUUGGUUCUGUAGUGCCACAAAUACUUCAUCAAACCAAGCAAGGACUCAUUAGAAGAUUUAAUGUGAGCCUGGCUUGGUGGCACACACAGGUGGUCCAUUCAGGAGGCAGAAGCAGGAAGGUUCAGAAUUGGAAGCCCACUGUAGCUGCAAUCUCUAAA